AUGGGUUUGAACUUUGCAGGUGCCACUUGGGCCACGCAGUUUAUCUUCUCCACCAUGAUCAAAACAACCUAUACCAAACAUCCAGAAGCACAAGAUGAACUUGUCAGGCUUUACGCUGAAGAUGUCAAAGAACUGCUGUUUGAAGGGAUUACCAAGAGGGAUGGUUCCAUCAAGGUACAUUUGGUACAUAUUGGAACGAAAGGUGAUCUUCCAGCCUUGGUUCGUUUGGGAGGGUUUGAACGCAGUUUCUCCCAUGUUCCACGUCAAAGUUCUUCAAGGACACCAUGCAAGGGGAUAUGUCAUCUUUGCCUUGCGGGGGUUGAGAUGGGACAUGAAUAUGACCGGUCGAUCCCGUUUGAAGACAUGUUGCCCACUGCCUUGUGGAUUGAGACGCUGCACACAAGUGUGGCUUGGAGCUCCCCACCUACGAUUUUGGAUGGUCUGCCAUUACUGGAGAAAUAUGCCAUAGAGUUCUUCUUGACAGACUUGUGGCACAAUUUUCAUCUAGGUGUCUCAAAGAGUUUUGUGGGUUCAGCCUGGGUGUCAAUCAUCGAGGCCAACAUGGAUUGCCUGAGGGGCUCUGUUGAGACCAAAUUUAGCCAGUUGACGUCUAUGUAUUUGGAAUUCUUCAGAAGCCAGGGCAAAACACCUUUCAUCACUGAAAUCAGCCGGGAAACCAUGGGAUUUCCAAUGGGGUCGGUUUGUCCAGUUGCAAAAUGGUCAAAGGGGCAGGCAUCAACGGAGAUGAUGUUGUUUCUAGACCAUUGGUGCAAACAGUACAUUGUGAACAAGACCGAUGAUCCGUUGCUGCUUGCAAUUGCUGAGGGUGCCAGUGUCGUCAACAAGGCCUUUGCUACACAAUAUGGCUCAGGGUACUGGGUUCGAAGUGCGAAAGCGGCUUGGGUGGGAAGCUUGAUGUUUGGGUUCCUCGCCUACUAUUCCAUUUGUGCUCACAUCACCCUGCGCAUGUCCAAACAAAGGUUUCCUAUGACCCCGAAACAUCACAUGAUGGCACACGAUGCCUAUGGACUGGUGGACCAAGCUUCAAAAUACGAGUGGUGUGAGAAUCCCAUCAGUCACACAAAUCAAGUACAGGAAGAUUUCAUCGGAAGGCCAAAUAGGCUGAGUCGCCGAGUUUCAACGAAAUCUCUUCAUUCUUCAGUGAUGUUGAGAGCCCUUAUCAUUUAUGAGGAUUCCAUCAAAAAUGCUGACGAUGAUCAUAGACAUAUGGAUGCCUAUCCUGGGUCUAAUUGA